GGUUAGUUCCAGCUUUAGCCGGGUGGCUGUUUUUCAAAACACGUCUGAACUUCCACAGAGGUUACGUUUGUUUCACGACAAGAGUGUCUGACAUGGAUGAAAUGACGUACUGCUCCUUUAACGGUGGAGAGGAAUACAAAAACCACUUUGAGCCUGGUGAGUAUCAAAGCAGCAUUAAUCUAUAUGAAAGUCCAAGCGUCUUUGAAUGUAUCUUCAGUCAUGUCUUCGUUCUUCACAGGUAUUUACGUGUGCUCUGAAUGUGGGCACGAGUUAUUCUCCAGCAAAUCAAAGUUUGAGCACUCGUCUCCUUGGCCGGCCUUCUCAGAGACGAUCCACGAGGACAGUGUCUCUAAACAGCCUGAAGCAUGGGGACCAAUAAAGGUAGACUGUCAUGUUACUCUAAGACUAAUCUACCUUUGUUUCUUCCUAACACUUCCUAACAAUCACAUGAUCUGAUCGGUGUGGCGCUUCAAUUUGAAUUCUUCAGGUUUGUUGUGGGAAAUGUGGCAACGGACUGGGCCAUGAGUUCUUGUACGAUGGACCAAAAGAAGGACUCUCACGGUUCUGAAUAUUCAGCAGCUCACUGACGUUCAUCCCAAAAAGUGAGUUUGACUUCUUUUUUUCUUUUUUAAUUUCAUGUUACAUAGUUAAAAUAGCUAGUGACCAAAAAGACGUGAAACCAACAGGAUCAGGGUCAUGAGUCAAAAGGACCUCUGCUUAGAAUCAUAGAAUAACAUGUUUUGUAAGUAAAUAAAAUGAUUGCGAGGCUUUAAAAACAAUAACCUAAAGAGUCAAAAUGACAACAAAGAGAUACAAGAGACGAAUGCACACGAAAGGACAUAUCACCACCAAAAAGAGACAUGACAAAGAUUGGAAACACAAAAUAAUCGCAGAAAAACACAAAAGUACCAUGAGAGUGAAACAAAAUGACUAAAAGACACAAAAAAGACAUAAAAUUAACAUAAAAAGUGACGCUUUUACCUCAAGGGAGAUACAGAAUUAACACGGGGCAUAAAAUUUCUCUCUGUUUCUGUAGAAAAAGUUGAUGGACAGAAAGCUGAGCUGUGAAAUAAAGAGCACUUUUCCUUCGCCUGCUGAUGGUGUGGCCUGUUGAUGAGGAGCUCUGGGAUAAAUCCUGAUGGAGCACCAGGGCUCUGAUGGACUGAGGCGUCACUGUGCAGCAUAAAAGACCGGACUCGAACACUCUCAGUAGAAACAGUUUUACCCUCUCCUGUGAGCCGACGGACGUUUUAUUAAAAGACAAGGAUUGUGAUCAUGCUGCACUCUCUGGAUCUGUAAAUAUAUGGCUGCAUUUUUGUGACUCUUUACAGUCGCAGUUGCAUCUUUCCACCAGCUGAUGGUGCUAUGUCGCCUCUUGAGCAUGACUGUAGUGUCUGCAUGGUUUCCCUCUGCUUGUCUUCUUUUCCCUGGCGAGUUACGAGUCAUCCAUCAAGCACAGAUCUAAAGGUCUGUGCUCAUGUUGUCAACAGACGGACACUUUUGCCACAUUGUCAACAGGAAGAGGUGAAAUAGUCAUCCUCCUUGUCUUCACUAACAUCACCUCGACACCCACCCCCAGUCAACUCUCCUCACAUGAGAGGGCUGCAUGUUUUUCUACCUGGCAAACUUGUCCUGAUAGCGCCGCUUCUUUGCUCCUGAAGUGAUGGAAUCAUAAACAACGUAAGUAUGCGGGGGUACGUUCAAGAGCUCAGAGUGCUGUUUUACUGUUCGGGG